CCCUGGCAUCAAUGUAUCUGAGAGGGACUUUGCGUACGGAAGGACUACCGCUGUUGGACGCUUUUGAGGAAACUUUCUUUUUUGGCUACUAAGCCUCAACCUUUCUGUGUGGAAAUACAAGCUCAGCGCCCGAAGUCGACUGUAAAGAUGCUGCUCCUGCUUCUGGGAAUCAUCCUACUGCACAUCGCUGCGCUGGUGCUCCUGUUUGUGUCAACGAUUGUCAGUGUGUGGGUAACAGGCGAGACUGGGACCUCAGACCUGUGGCAAAACUGCUCCCUGCUUUCCAAUGGACUUUACAAGUGUGACCCAGCAUCAACUGGAGAGUGGAUUCAGGCGGUCCAGGCUCUCAUGAUCCUGUCCAUCAUCUUCAGCUGCCUGUCUCUCUUCCUGUUCUUCUGCCAGCUCUUCACUUUGCAGAAGGGCGGACGCUUCUUCCUCACCGGAACCUUCCAGAUCCUUGCCAGUCUGUUUGUGAUGUGCGGUGCCAUCAUCUACACGGUGAUGAGUCCGGAGUGGGUGCCGUCGUCAGCCUCCUUUGGGUACUGCUACAUCCUGGCAUGGGUGGCCUUUCCUUUGGCGCUGAUCAGCGGGCUCAUCUACGUCAUUUUGAGGAAGCGAGAAUGAGCCAACCCUCCACCCCGGUGUUCCUAGCACCCCCCUGCCCAACUGCAGCAACCCCCUGAUUGUCAGCAGCCCCAGGAACCACCAGGCUAACACAUCCAGAUCUCAUGAGGGGGAUUAAUACCAAAAAAAAGAAAAAAAAAGUAAACCUGCAAACAAAACCAAAACAACCAAUACUGUCUGUUUAAAGAUGUAUAUAGUAUCUAUGGUUUAAAACCUAUUUAUAACACUUUUUACAUAUGUGUACAUAGUUUUUUGUUGCAGAUACUCGUAUGAGCUUUAUUUUAGCUAAGUGCCUCGGUGUUUGUAAUGAUAAUUAGAUGCUAAUUUUUGUGCUUUAUUGUUUUCUCUUGGUAAUUAAAACAAAACAAAACAACAGCAUUAAAAACAUUUCUUGAAGUAUUAUAACCAAAGUGCAUGUAUAAAAAUCGAAGGUUGAAAACUUGCUGACAGGCUAGCUUGAUAAAAAGAAUGGUAGCAUCCGCAAACGUAGCAUAGCCACAAACUAGCGAUUCGGUCAUUUUCUAUGUGAAGUUUUUUUUUUUCUUGUGUUUUUCUAUUUCUUAAGUUCAACAAAGAUGGUGCUAUGUAUUUAUCAUUCCUAUUACUGACAGCAAUCAUUUACACCAGAGUUACUUUGUUAUUGUGUACAGGCAACACGUUGGUUGCCAUUAACCCGAAUGACAAGAGGUACAAUAUACAUACUGUACCUGACCGCGUACAUAGGGAUCAUAGCCUUUUUCACAUUGCAGUGUCUGAUCUGCUACUGUAGAAAAAAUAAGAAAAAAAAAAGUUUGGGCUGGUGCACUGAUGAGAUCAGGUCACUUGCAAUGUCAGUAUUAUGGUGAAAUUACUGUACGAUAAUUUUUAGAUAUUUGCUUGAAUCUUACCCUAAUUGUAAUGUUUAUAUUCACAAAAAGUAAAAAAUAAAUAAAUAAAUCAUAACACUGUGCAGAGUUGUAGAACAGAGUUGAAUUAUACUCUAGAAUUAAACGCCACUGAUUUGAAGCCAUAUAAUAAAGUAGGACAAAUGUACGAUUAACUCUCAGAAGGCCAGAGAGGUUUGCAGUGAUGCUACAAAUGUCUUUUACAUACUUGAAGUUUAACAUGCUGCAGUCUCUGCUCAUAUAUAUUAUCUUCUACUGUGUAAAAAAAAAAAAAACUGUGUGUGUUCUGGUUAACUGAUAUUUGUGACAAUCUAUCCUAAACACUCACUUAUUCAAUAAACUAGCUAACUUGUAUCAUAUUAUCUAAUACUGUAUUCCACUGUUACAAGGGACGUGAUGCAUGCAGGGGUGGAAAAAUGUAAACAGUUUGUUAAAGGACAAGUUCACUUUUAUAUUAAAACAACAUAAUCAAGCCUGAGUGUUACACUCACCUUUGAUAAUUUUGUUGCAUUGGAGAAAUCCCUUUUUCUACAAGUUGUUCAAGAGGGAAUACAUAGGUACUAAUGGAGUACCUAGAGCUCUAAAUUAACACAAACCACAUCAAACCACAUUUCUUUUUGUUUCUUUUUUUAUCUUUAAACUGCAUGGUGCACUUGAAGAAUCAAUAUUUGCCAUUGUGGUUUAUUGUUAAAUAAAAUUUGGGGGAAACAAUGCUACAGCUGUACACUAGUUGGGUAAUAGUGGUCACAUUAGCUACAAGUGACAGAGGCAAAGUGACGUCUUUGGCAGGGCCAAAAUAGACCUGAAGUCUAUUUUAUGCAAAUACUGAGCAACGUGACACAGUGACUGCCAAUCAGAGCGAAUUGGCAGCGCAAUGUCAGCUGGGUUGUUCACUUGAACGAAACAAUCCAAGAUGGCAGAAAAUGCUCUGAAACUGCUGCUUUUCUGUACAAAUGUAACAUAUUUCUCAUAUGUUUUGUAAAAGUUAAGGGGAAAUAAGCACUACUAUCACUAAAAACAUUGUUUUUGUAACCAGAUAAGACCUCUGACAUGAUUUACAAGACAUGUUAUGGAGAUGUAGCGGGCAUCAAGCAACAAAGCCAACUGCGUGUCGCCGCCGUUAGAAGUUAAUGUGACCAUAGCAUACAAUUUAUGGUGGUUAUUUUUUGUCUUUUUUGAUACUCAUAAGGAUAGAUACAUGCUUGCAAACAAUCUUUCAUGCUUUACUUCUAAAAUAACUUCAUAUAAAUUGGGAUAUUAGCAAAAAGUGCACAUAGCUUACCCUAGCGGAUCGUACAAGCUAGGUUGUUAGCAUUAUUUUGUUGCUAUUUUCAGCAUAUGCUGGAUUUUUGUAACUUCUGUGGUGCCUGCCACAUUUCCUCAUUUAUUUAUUCCUAAAAAUAAUAAUAAUGAAAAAUAAUUUGUCAAAAGCAUGUGGAACACUCAGAAGCUUAAUUGCUAACAGUAUUUUAAUAGUGGAUGGUAAAAGAAAAAAGAAGUGAACUUAUCCUCUUAAAUCCAGUCAAAGUACAGGAAUGGACAUUAAAACAAAGACAUUUAUUGCUAUAAAUCUGAGUAUUUGAGGCUUUGCCUGCAGCGUGUCUUCAUGUAUUUACUGUACCCUAGUACCCUGCAGUAUGUUUUCAUGGAUUAAAUGAACUCUCAUGUGCUUGUAGUUGCAGUUGCUGUAUAUAACUGGUGUUCCACACACAGCGCCCAAUGCCAGUUAUUCAAAUCACGCAACUCGUGUUUCAGUGCCUCUCAGAACUCUGAGGACUUGGACGUGUUUUCUGACCUCUCGGUGAGACAUGUCUUGUGAGGUCCUGUCACAUCUUGAACCAGACUGACGUAGAGUGCAGUGGAUUAAAGUAUUUAAUUCACAUUGUCUGACUGUGGCCUUCGCUAGCAUGUGCGCAGUGGUUUAGCAGGACGCUCGCUAUUCGAGGGUUCAGUUGGAAGAGGUGCCCUCUAAUGAUGACUGCCCCUUGUGUGAAACUAUAAACUUCAUUUAUCUCUGCCGUGUUCACGCCUCAACUAUCUUGAGUUAAAUCAUUAAAGGAUGUUUCUUACCACUGCA